AUGGCGCCUCGAAGCUGCGUCGCCGUUGCCGCGGCCUUGAGCCUGGCCUCGCUGACCGCCGCGUCCUGGCCCGACCCGCUGCUGUCCGGCCGCGACUUUAACUUUUCCGCCGUCUUCAGCGGCGCCCAGGUCGGGGCGGCGGCGGCGGCCAACGCCAUCACCUUGUCGACGCAGAAGCGCCCGGCGGCGGGCGACAUUGUCCCGGCGAGCGCGCUCCUCUACCUGCCGGCCGCCGUCACGCUGCUCCCGCCUGGCGGGGACACAGCGGCGGCGGCGCGCUACGUUGCCUUUUUCGAAAUCUCCUACGUGCCGCCGACCAACUCGCUCGACGACGUGCUCUACGCGUUCCCGUGGAUCCGGACGAACCUGACGGUGCAGGGCAGCGGCUCGGGCGCGCUGGCGGCGACGCCCGACACGGAUACGCACAUGGCGCUCUCGCCCGCCGUCGAGAGCGGCGAGGUGCGCAACGCGACGCUGCAGGUGUGGCGGCAGGACGCCGACCUGGAGCGCUACGUCGCCGCCGUCGCCGCCGCCCGCGUCCCGUCGCCGCUCGUGUACGCCCUGCUCCAGGUCCUGACAAACACCACCGACCAGGUCUCGUACGACUUUGCGCGCGCCAGCAUCGACUUUCAGAUCCAGAACAAGACGGGCACCCCCCGCUGCGACGUUGAUGCCAACGGCGCGCCCAUCCCCGGCGUCGCCCGCGGCGCCACCGUCUGCACCGCCGUCGCGACAAGCAGCACCUCAGGCAAGGCCGGUGGCAGCGGUGCGCGCACCACGGCGGCCACGACGGCGGCUAGCCCCAGCCAAACGUCGAAACAGAAUGCGGCGGCGGGCCUCGUCAGGUCGGGCGUCUACGGCGCGCUGGCUUUGGCUGUUGUGGGAGCGUUGAUUUUGUAA